UCUUCAUCGUGUUCAGAAUUAUAAUACAAUUUAAAAUGUUGUUUUACUGGUUAUUAGUGGUUAUUUUGAAAUUCAGUAGCGUAUUCAGUGACGUAGAGUAUAGACGAGUAAUCAGACAAGCUGGUAAUGUUUUGCUAUUCAGCCAAAUCCAGUGCCUUUUCAACCAUUUCGGACAUGAUUGCUUUGCUCCAAGAUCCAGCUCUUGUAUCAAUCCGGACAAUCAACCAGGAACAUGUAUACCUAUCAGAAGUUGCCCAGUGUUGUUAAAUUUGCUAACUUCUCGAGGCCGUGAACCACAAGUGGCAAAUUAUUUGCGUCAGUCGCAAUGUGGAACUCAGAAUGGCCAACCACUGGUGUGUUGUGCUCCAGAAGGUAGUUCAGGACCAACAUUCCAAACAUCCACCCAAAGAACAACACCCACGACCACCCAAAGAACAACAACAAAUCGAAAUCCGCAAGUUACCACUUCACGAACAGGUACCGGUGGCGGCAGACCAUCAAGUGGUAAUGAAGAUUACUCACAGUGUGGUAGAUCGAAAUUCGCUGCAACUAAAAUAGUUGGUGGCCAAAAUUCAACGUUAGGAGAUUGGCCUGCAAUGGCAGCACUGGGAUAUAUUUCUGGAUCCAACCCCAAUAUACAAUUCAAAUGCGGAGGUAGUCUGAUUUCCAAUAGAUGGGUUGUUACGGCAGCACAUUGCGUUCGAAAUAUUGGAAGCUUACAGCUAACAGCAGUUCGAGUGGGAGAUUUGGAUUUAGAAGAUAGUGUUAGAGAUGGAGCUUCGCCACAAGAAAUCCCAGUCGACCAGAUCAUCGCACAUCCAGAUUAUACUACUAGUCCAAUUACAAACGACAUUGCGCUUUUACACUUAAGAAAUCCAGUUACUUUCAACGAAAAUGUUCGUCCUAUUUGCAUUUUAAGCUCUACUCAACACAGAAGCAAUGACUUUUACGCUAAUAAACUUCCAUUUAUUGCCGGCUGGGGGGCCACUGCAUGGCGAGGAUCAUCCAGCAGCUACUUGCAACAUGCCCAAAUUGAAAUUGUUGACAAUGAUCGUUGUGCUAGGAAUUAUUCCACUCAAAGAACAGCUUUAAUAGAUGAACGAGUAUUGUGUGCCGGUGGUGGUGGAAAAGACACUUGCCAAGGUGAUUCAGGUGGACCCUUAAUUAUUCCCCUACCGCAAGAAAAUAGAUACUAUCUGGCUGGUAUCGUAUCAUUUGGAAUCAGAUGUGCUGACGCAAAUUACCCCGGAGUGUAUACGAGAGUCGCUUACUUUUCCGAUUGGAUUAGAACUACUGCCGGACUUACCUGAUUUUUGUUUUGUUUGUUUUGAAUUUAUUGACAUGUGCCAGUAUACUUAAUUUGAAUUUUGACCGCUCAAUUAAUAUUAAUUUUUUUACGAUGUUUUAGAUAUUUGUACGUUUAUUUAUUUAUUUGUACGAAUCAAUGACAAUUUUUGGCUUGCAUUUUUUAAAUACAUAAAAAAGUACAUCCA